AUGAACAGCUCAGGUCAGCAGCAGCAGCAGCAGCAGCAGCAACAGCAGCAGCAGCAGCAGCAACAGCAGCAGCAGCAGCAGCAACAGCAGCAGCAGCAGCAACAACAGCAGCAGCAGCAGCAGCAAGGGAAACCAUACGCGGAAUAUCUAGCGAGGACAGACAUCGCGCCCAGCAGCAGCCCCACUUCCGCUAAGGGGACUUCACUCGAAACACAGCAAAACAUGAACAGCUCAGAGCAGCAGCAGCAGCAGCAGCAGCAGCAGCAGCAAGAGCAGCAACAGCAGCAUCAGCAGCAGCAUCAGCAGCAGCAACAGCAGCAGCACCAGCAGCAACAGCAGCAUCAUCAGCAGCAACAGCAGCAUCAUCAGCAGCAACAGCAGCAUCAUCAUCAGCAACAGCAGCAUCAUCAGCAGCAACAGCAGCAUCAUCAUCAGCAACAGCAGCAGCAGCAGCAACAGCAGCAGCAGCAGCAGCAGCAGACUUGGAUGUUCCCUGCAGGGGCUCGCGCUUGA